CACGAAGAUGUUGUUCGGUUCAAUUUCCUCACAUCAUCAAUAAAUUUUUUACUUUUACGCCGCCAUUACGCAAAUUUAGCUGUGUUGUAGUUGUUGGUUGUGUUAUCAGUUAUUGUAUUGAACAAUACAAUUUCUUAUAUUGCUGAUUUCAACUGGAAGCUUGCUCAUUGCAGUGAGUUUCAGGCGUGGUUCUAAAAGCAACUUGGUCGUCGUCGUCGCCGUGUGAAGUAGUAGUGUUUGUAUCGCCGCCGAAGACCGAAAAUCCCCAAAAAUGCCGGGUUUUAGCAGCGCGGGUACCUUCAAAAUCUUUAUCGGAAAUUUGGGCGAGAAGACCGCAGUGGCCGAACUGCGUCCAUUGUUCGAAAAGUACGGAAAGGUCGUUGAAUGCGACGUCGUCAAGAAUUACGGCUUCGUCCACAUGGAAAACGAAACCGACGGACGCGAGGCCAUCAAUAAUUUAAACGGACACAUGUUGAACGGUCAGCCGAUGAAGUGCGAAGCGGCCAAGAGCCGGAAGGCCCCCCAAACACCUACCACCAAGAUCUUCGUUGGAAAUUUGACGGACAACACGAAGGCUCCUCAAAUACGCGAAUUGUUCAAAAAGUACGGCACCGUGGUGGAGUGCGACAUCGUUAGGAACUACGGGUUCGUCCAUUUAGAGUCAUCGGGAGACGUGAACGAGGCUAUCAAAGUAAAACUUGCAAUUGAAGAACUGAAUGGUACCAUGGUGGACGGUCAACCCAUGAAGGUUCAAAUAUCGACGUCGCGCGUACGUCAGCGUCCCGGCAUGGGCGAUCCGGAGCAGUGCUACCGUUGCGGCCGCGGCGGGCAUUGGUCCAAGGAAUGCCCCAAAGGCAUGGGGCCCGAAAGGUUCCGCGAACGCAUGUUUGCCAGAGACCCCUACCCCCCACCACCCCCGCCACCUUUCCUGCGCGACCGCAUGAUGGGACGAUUUGGGGAUGGUUACGAUGGCUACUAUGACCGUCGCUUCGAAGAUUCUCGUGACAUGUACGAACGUCGUUAUUCCGGAAUGCCGUCUAGCCGCGACGUGGGCAUGCGCGGCGCUGCAAGCGCGCGUGACUUCAUGCCGCCUCCACUGCCCCCACGCAGAGAACCUCUGCCUCCAAUGCCGUCCAUCGGGUUGAGAGGAGGACCUUCCAGCGGUAUGGGAGGCAGUCUAAGAGACAGCGGUUUUUCGAGAAGCGCAAGUGAUUAUGGUAUGUUUAGCAGGAGGUCGCCGCCACCUUCCGGAAGUUUGAGGAGUAGUAGGAUGUAUGAGGAUUUUAGCAGAGACUCAUUCGAUGAUAGGAGACCUGGAUUAAGAGGACCAUCACCUCCAAGAAGAUAUGCGCCAUAUUAAAGGCUUGUAUGUAUGCAACGGCCAAGUUGCCAAGAUUACAUAAUUCCUGACUUAUAAUUUAGUGAAAACAUUUCUAUUUAUAUGUAACGAAAAUGAUUAUCAUAAAUUUAGGUUUGUAUUUGGCACACAAAGAACACAGUGUGACAACGUAAAAUUCAUUUUAAAAUUCUAUGAAUUUUUAUCAAAUUCUUGAUAUGCAAUUUAAAGUUCAGAUAGUCACAUAGUAUGAUACUUGUGUGUGUUGUAGAGUAAGCACAGAACAAGGACAUUUAAAAACUAGCAUACAAAAAAUAUAUAUAAACUUUGGACAUACAAAAGAAUGCCAAAGUUUAUUAACUAAUUUAUUUCAAAAUAUUUAUAUUGAUUCAUAAACUGUGGUAAAUAGUUCUGUGUUUAUUAUAGAAUUGUUUUUUUAUUAUUAGCGACUAAUGUCAUUCUAAAAAUAGGUAUAAAUAUGCUGAUUUGAAUCUCGUCCAAUCAUUUUCAAAUCUUUUGACAGUCAAACACUUCCGGAUAUACUAUUCAAUGGUUGGAUUUGGUGAAAGUAAAAAAAUUGAAACGAUACCUAUUUUUAUGAUAUUGCAAAUAUCUUUUUUAUGUAUUAGUAUAAGAGGUGGUAAAUAAAAUACUGCAAUAAGUU